UAAGGUUUGUUGUAACAAACCACUGCUACAGAAUAGCAGGGAGAGAAAAGAAAAGAAAACUAACAUCAUCAUCUCAUUCAUUAUAUCUUUUCUUUCCUUUUAUUUAUUUUUCUUUCUUUUUCCAGCCCCUAAUCUAAUCUAUUUUCCAUCUUAUUUUUUUUUUCCAUCUCUGACCCAUUCCAUUAUUUCUCUCUCUACACAAACAAUCAAACAAGAAACAUGGAAACUCUAGUCCACAAUGACCCUUUCUCUCUCAUCAAUGGCCCAGCUGGACCAAAAAUUAAGUUUGAAGAAAGAAAAACAAAAAAAGAGAAAGAAUGGGAAACAAAAGAUAGAGGUCUUGUUAUGUUAUAGAUUAGAUGUGUUCAAUUGUCCUCCAACCAAACCCACCUUAUUACUCUCUCUCUCUCAUGAAAACAUGUUCCCGAAAUUACCCUUCUGCAAGCCCCCAAAAAAUCCCAUCUUCAUCACUGGUUUUUCAAAACAAGAAUAUUUUUCACCGAGUUAUGUGGGCUUUUUCGGUUUCUUUCUCUUGGUCAGAGUUUCACAGAAAUACGAGAACCUUCUUAACCCUUUCCCCUUCUUUCUUCCUUUAUUAUUUCUACUAUUAUUUCGCCUCUUCUUUUUCUCUCUUCUCUAUUCUCUCUCUCACUAUAUCUAUAUCUCUCUUCCUCUGUCACCUUUCUUAUUUAUUCUUUCUCUCUCUAGAGUUUUGUUUCUCUUUUCUUCUCUCAUCUCCUCAUGAUGAAGAAGAUGAAAGCUGUUGCCGUUUCCAUCAAUCCUUCGUCUGAUGUGUUUAUGGAUCAGAGAUCUAUCAUGAGGCACCGGAGUCUCUUGCAGGACUAUGAAGAUUUGCAUAAGGAAACAGAGGCCAUGAGAAUGAAAUUGGAAGCUGUGAAGCAGAAAAAGUUGAUUCUUUCAGCUGAAGUUAGAUUCUUAAGGCACCGUUACACAUACUUGUUAAAACAUCCUCUUCCUAAGGCACAACCAAAGCAAGAAGUUAUAAAGCCACAAAAGCUGAAAAUCAAAGAGCCAAAGAUCACAAAGGGAAGGAGCUACAAUAGAAAGGAAUCUACCCUGAGACCUCACACCGGUUCAAAAUCGAACUCAAAAGAAAGAGUUUUCAAUGGAUUUGUUGAAGACACAAGGCAGAAAACUAGCCAUGUGUUUGAUUUAAACCAGAAUGGUAGAAGCUUAAGUAAAAAAGAUGGUUCUUUUCAUAGCUCUUCUGCUCCUGUGCUUGACUUGAAUCACAAAGAAAGGGUUCAUAGUGGGAAAGAAGCCACAAAGAAAAGUGUAACACCAUUUUUCGACUUGAACCAGAUUUCGAGAGAAGAGGAGGAAUUAGAGGGAAACAAUCAGCCAAUGUGGAUUGAAGAACAAAAGAAGAGUAGUACACAAAGAGGUGUGAAUGAGGAACAGCACAAUGAUAUCAAGCUUUCAGUUUGUAGAAACCUUGGAGAAGGAUCAAGUAGAGCAGGGAAAAGGAAGAUCACAUGGCAAGACCAAGUGGCAUUAAGGGUUUGAUUGAUCAUAAGAGUAGUAUAGUACAAAUGGCUUAACUCCUGCCAAGUUGGAAUGUGUAUUCUACCAGUUGGCUUUACUUAAAAAAAAAACCAUUCUAGUUUAUGUUUUCAUCUUGUAAAGAUAAAAUAUACUACCUUAUAGAAUCAUUAAGUCAUUAUAUGUUCAAUAUAUAUAAUACAGUAUUUAGAUUGAAUGGAGAAUUUAACCCUUUGAAAUCA